GCGGUUGUUGCACGCGUUGCGAGUGAUGACAUUAUUAUGAUCUCUCUGUUAUCGACGGUUCAGAGAAGUGUGGCCAGCGAUUUGAAGUUAAUUGUUCAGAUUCUAUAAUAAUAAUUCAUCAAUAUCCUCUGAUAGUGCUGCCAUUACGCGGUGAAUAGCAGAACACAUUUGUUCCCAACCCUACAACCCACCAAGGAUUAAAGUGCAAGUUAUCAUUCACAUUGAGAUAAGUUUGUAGUCACUCAAGGUUCGUGGAAUCCAAAUUGUGAAUUCAUAGUGUUCAUCGCCAUGCAUUGAGUAUAGAAUCAGUAUAUUGGGAAAAUAUUAACUGAUUUGAUUGCAUACAUAAGGUGUGAUAAAAUUGAAAGAAGAAAAAUAAAUACAGAAAUUAUUGUUCUUGUGGAAGUUAUAAUUAUGCGGUUCAAUGUCCGAAAAGGUGACUUGAGUAAGUGAAAACUUGUGGCGUAAGUGACAAAUAAUCUGGAAUAACAAGACGUCUAUUGAAAAAGCUAAUUUUAAUCGCACCACGUGAAAAACAAACGCCUCAAAAUUUUAACGGAAAACGGAAAAGCGCCCCCUAGGGCUGUCGCCUUGGCGUCAUAUUUAGGGGAAGGAUUCUCAGCAGUAGGUACGCGUGCUCCACCAGCAAAGGAUCUAAUGGCUUUUGGUUCUGUACUGCAACAUAACCAACAUAACAUAGGUCGAGGUGAGCCGCCAUCCGGGGUCGGCGACCCAUGUGCCGGAUGUAAUAAGCCAAUCCUAGACAAAUUCCUUCUGAAUGUACUGGAAAGAGGCUGGCAUGCGUCGUGCGUGCGCUGUUGCGAGUGUCAUCAGCCUCUUUCAGACAAAUGCUUCAGUCGGGAGUCGAAGCUCUAUUGCAGGAACGACUUUUUUAGGAGAUAUGGUACAAAGUGCAGUGGUUGUGGUCAAGGCAUUGCGCCCUCGGAUUUAGUUCGAAAGCCGCGUGAUAAAGUGUUUCAUUUGAAUUGUUUUACGUGUUGUAUUUGUAGAAAACAGCUGAGCACCGGUGAACAGCUAUAUGUUUUAGAUGACAAUAAAUUUAUCUGUAAGGACGAUUAUAUGCUCGGGAAAGGACCACACUCCUCAAUGACAGACUCUUUGAUGGGCUCAGGAUCUGAAGAUGAAGAUGAGGAUGAACACCUGAGGCCUGGGUUGGGGUUAGGUUCGUUGGGACCAAAUGAUGGACCUCUUGGUGCAUCAGAUUUGUCUGUGCAAAGUAUGAGUACAGAUAGUAAAACAGGUCAUGAUGAUAGUGAUCAGGGUUCCUUAGACGGUGACCCCGAUUGUCGGGGAGACUCACAGGCUGAAAAUAAAAGCCCUGAUGAUGGUGGUGGUUCGAAACGAAGGGGCCCUCGGACAACAAUUAAAGCCAAACAGCUUGAAGUGUUAAAAACUGCAUUUAGUCAAACGCCAAAACCUACGAGGCACAUUAGAGAACAAUUAGCCAAAGAGACUGGACUGCCAAUGAGAGUAAUACAGGUGUGGUUUCAGAAUAAACGGUCGAAGGAGCGGAGGUUAAAACAACUGACUAGUAUGGGACGAGGGCCAUUUUUCGGAGGAGCCCGGAAAAUGCGAGGCUUCCCAAUGAACCUGUCACCUGGUGGGCUAGAUGAGCCAGGAUUUCCUUAUUUUGCUUCGGAUGGCAAAUUUGAUUUCGGCUAUGGCGGUCCUCCUUUCCACCCUCAUGACGCACCUUUUUUCCCUGGUCAUCCCGGUGGUGGACCAAUGCCUUUUAACGCUCCCGGAGGACCUAUGGACCACGCCGGACCGAUCCCCAUGGUGAACGAGUUUAGUGGAUUAACACCAGAGACGAAUUUUCUCAAUCAACCAAAUGUUCCACCAGGAAAUGCCACCGCUGGUGGUGGUGCACCUGAGAACAUAAUGGGUGGCCCUAGAUCCGGUAGUCCAGAAUUCAUGACUUCUGGAAACUUCUCCGAGCCUCAGAAUAUGCAAAACGAAGGACUGGUUUGGUAAAAUUUACUCAACUUUUUCAGUAUAAUUAAGUGAUAGCUGAAUUAAGUAAUUUAUUUGUUUUGUUGAUUAUUUUCUAACAACUGCUAAUCCAAAAAAAACUUUUUACAUACUGCUGCCAUUGAAAUUUUAACUUAUUCCUACUGGGAAUAUUGUUUGACAUUUUACUUAUGAUCAAUAAUUUAAUGCACAUUUUUGCAAUUCACGAUAUUUUUUUUUAUAAAUAAAGUAAAACAGAAUACAAAAAAAUACAGGAAGGGUCCAGCGGUUGUGUUAAUCGCUACUACAUUUCUAUGUGGAUUUCUGUUCUGUUUUUCUAAAAGAAUUGAUAUUCCGAAACGGAGAUCUUGUGUUUCAUUGGAUCGACCAUUUAAACUCUCCAAAAAGCAUGAGAAAAUUAUCAUAAGAAAUUUGAAAAUUGCUUACAAGGAAAAUAGGAUGACAUCAAAAACUGAACAUAUAGGGGGAGAUUCCCCAGUGACAGGACACCUAAGCCAUUUACGGUAAAACUCUAAAACUAUGUGGGUUAUGUUGACAGGCGCAUCAAAAACACAAAAUAUAAUUAUUUUAUGGUUCAUAUUUGACCAAUCGAACAUGUUUUUUUCGACGAUGUAUUUUGAUGAUGAAAUUUUGUGCAACAUUUCAUAUCGGACACUGCUGCGGUUUGUUCAAUUCUGACCAAAUCCUUAUUAUUUUAGUAUAGUAGUCAGUCAGAGUAGUAUUAUGUUUCAUUUGCAGUUGCAAAAGUUAAAACGUGUAAAUUUUGAUUAUUAACGCUUUUCCGACUUUUUCGAAGAUUUCAAUAGGAAUAACGGUUCAACGUCCGGAGUAUAUCCAUGAAAUUCUACUCAGUCACUGAAUAGAAGCAUCUUUACUAAAACCUGUUUUUGAUAACACAUCAUGUGUUAUCACCAAUAAGCCGGCUUUGAGUGUUUCAUUCACACAGCACCCGGUGAACCAGUGAAAAUUGUGUCGUCAUAACAAAAAUGUGGUAGAGAAUUAACACUGUUGUUAAUUCUCUACCACAUGUGAAGCCCUACCCCAACACAAAUCCAGAUGUCGCAAAUUUCGGGGUAGGGCUUCACUUCCUGUGUUCAAAUUCUGUCGUCAUUUUUUUUACAGCCACCUCAUAUUCGGGCAUUUUGUACCAAACCAAUAGACCUACGCAAGGUGUUCCUAGGAAUUUACUUACUAUGACAUUCGACCAAAAGUUUUUGAUAUUGCUCCCCGUUGAAAGUUAGAUAUCUUGUUUCAAUUUUUUCCCUUAUUGCCCGUCUCAUUCGGAGUGCAGCAAAUGACAACCUUCAAGUGUGUGCUUGUUUCGCGGGGUAAUUACAUGAUACUUGAUGGGCUACAGCUCGUUCUCAAUGAGCUUACGCCAAUUGGAAUAUUCUUUUCCGCUGGAGUCGGUUCUUGUCCUGUUUUUUUUUUCUGAAAAGUAGAGACGAUUUCUGUUUUUACUCAUAUUUUUGGUUAGACCGUUACAAAUAUUUCUGAAAUAUUAAAUACUAGUUUAUUUGUGGACGCAGUAGCGCCCGUGGCAAGUUUUUUUAUCAAUAUAAACGGCUCGCAUUAAAAAAAAUCAAAACUUUCAACGUCUGUUGUCCGUGUUUUUUUUUUUCAUCAAAUGCUGUGUCUGGUUGUCUAAGGUUGUCACUGGUUUUGUUUUCUGCAUCUGAUAGUAAAAAAGUGUCAAAUAUUUUAUUUUUUUUGUGGGAAAUUCCCCGCGUGCUGCGUUUGGUUUGCUAGUCACCGGAAAGACAAACAGGGCUAUUAUAUGUAGUAUAUUCUAUUGCUCUUCCAGUGAUCAAGGGGUGGUAAACAAAAACCCAGAUCAAUCCACUUAGCGUUGGUGGUGCCUUUCUCGCUCACUAAAAAAAAUAAGAAAAACACACAAGAGAGGUCAAAACAGCACUUCAUAUUAUUUGCGGUCAUUUGAAUGUAUUGCUGCAAACUCUGAAAAAAAAAUUCAUUUUUGAAAUUUUUUUUCACAAGGGGGGACCGUUUUCAGAAAAAACAAUAUUUUUUUAAUAACUUUGGAACGCAAUGACCGAUCGGGCCAAUUUUCAAUAGGAAACAACUAGACCGCAUUCCGUGUCGACUGCAACUUGUUGCGAGCAAAUCGACCAAUGCUAAAUACCAAAAAGUGUGUCUCACAUUCUUUUACACACACAUACAUACACACAUACAGACAUCACCUCAAUUCAUCGAGCUGAGUCGAUUGGUAUAUAACACUAUGGGUCUCCGAGCCUUCUAUCAAAAGUUCGGUUUUGGAGUGAUCCUAUAGCCUUUACGUAUACUUUGUAUACGAGAAAGGCAAAAAGAAGUUAAAUUAGAAAAAAACAAACCGUAUUUUUUUAAGAACGUUUUUGUCAUUUAUAAUCUUCUUUAAUAUAAAUUGCUUGUUGCUUAUUGCCCACCUCAAAUCAUUUUUUAAACUAAAAAAUCCAAAGAAGAGAGAAAAUACCGUAUCGGCCUUAAAGGCGUUGAAAUUUACACUUAUCUGAAGUACUUUGUAAACAAUUUUCCAUGUUAAAUUAUGAGAAUAUUGUUUGCAGUAAAUUGUAAUCCUUUAUUGUAUUCCCAUAUAUGCAAUAAAUUGAGCAGUAUUAUUAGAGUAAUUGUUACUUUUGGAAAAAAUAAGGGUUAAGAAAGUGGGCCUCGUGUUAAUUUAUUUGAAAGUAAGAUAAAUCGAUUUUAUGGCUUAUACAAACAUGUGAACCAGAAAUAUCUUAAAGUCCAUAUUUUGUUAUUCUUCUCAUUUUUCUUUCAGACAUGCCUGGAAUUUUAUAAACUAUUUGCUUAAGAUGUGAAUCAUUCCAAAUUUUAUAUAAUCUGUGAACGGCAGCUUAUGAAGUGUUAUGUGAAGAAAGCAAGUGUUAGAUAACUUAAUUCAAAAUAAAAAUGGUCAGUCAUUAAGUAUGUAUAUCUACCAUACUGGUUACUCCUCGUGAAGAACUUAAAACAAUGUAAGCCGAAUGUUUUUCAAUAACAUAAAAAAUAUCUCCAUAUCAUCAGGCAUUUUUCAUUUUUCUGUUGGACAGGCUCAUUCGUAUGUAUUUGUAUUAUUUUUUAGACACUACCAAAUUUUUCAUUGCCAUGGUAUAUUACAAAAAAGACAGAUUUUUUGAACAUCAAAAUUCAACGUGCAGAAAAUAUAGCACAUCUAUACUGGCGUAAGAUAAUAAAGUUAGACGGUAAUCUGAAAAUCGUUUAAUUCUUUUUUUAGGCGGUAAUCUGUAAACUGUUCUCAUUGAAGUAGCAAAAUGAGUGAGCUACCGUUUGUUUGCGGUGUGUUUUUUUUAUAUGAAAUUUGUUCAUUUACCACAGGUUGGUUUGGAUAAUUAUCAACACCGAUUAUUCUACAUGUUACGUCUGUUUAGCUGUGCUGUAAGGGGCAUUUUUAGUAAAGUUAUAUUUGUAGUAAUAUUUUUCCCCAAGUUUAACAUUUUUUAACUGUCAAAGAUAAAAAACGGGGAAUGCAUCUUUAGUAGCAGUUAUGAACUGGACAUGUUUUAUACUAGAAAACGAAAAAUAAUCUUACGAGGCUUAUUAAAAUGCCAAACUGUUAUGAUAUCGAUAAAACAGUAUUUUUGCAGCUGAUGAAGUGAUCUACUGUUGUUUUGAACAUAAUGAAAUUCGAGUAUAUCCUGUUUCAAAUUCGUGCUAAAAUACAUCUACAAUAAAAUACAUCAGUUAUAAAAUUUCUAACGAAUCUGUUCGAAGUUUAAAACUACAACGUCUGUUGAAGAUGGUAUUUAUAAAGUUUCAGUUUUGUUUUCUAACUCCCAUAUAAUUUAAAACUCUACUAAGGGCAUCUUAAGUAAUGUUACAGUUCCAGUUAUACUUCUUCCUCGAUGUACAGAUUUUACAACUGUCAAAAAUAUAAAACGGGAAAUGAACCUUCAGUAGCAGUUACAAAUUGUUCAUUUUUUAUACUGGGAAACGAAAAUAUGAUCUUCUGAUGCUAAUGUCAAACUGCUGUGAUGUCGAUGAAACUAUUUUUUGAAGCUGUUGAAGCUAUUUUUGUUUUGAACAAAAUAAAACUCAAGUAAAUUCUAUUGCAAAUUCGUGCAAAAAUACAACUAAGUAGUAUUCCAGUUAUAAAUUUCCUAACGAAACUGUUCGAAAUUUUAAAACUACAAUAUCUGUUGAAGAUAGUAGUUUUACAGUUUCAGUUUCAUUUCCUAACUCCCAUACAAUUUAUAACUCUACUAAAGAGGUCCCAACGUUUUUUGUCAAUGAGUAUCCAGAUAUUUCAUGUUUUGGUAGUACCUUGUUUUCGCCUUCAAUAGUGUAAAUUAUAUAAUGUAGAAAAGUAUCAGUAAGUGAGAUAAUUGUUUAAAUUAUGAUUUUGGAAUAUUCGAGAUGAAUGUAUUAUUAAAUAAAAAGGUUGUAAAUACGAGACAAAUGCCUAAUGAAAAGGCAAAUUUUAAUGAAUGCAAUCAUAUGGGGGUUGCGAUUGUAUUUGCAUGUGGAGUAGAGAAAUGCAAUAGACACGAAAUAGAAAUCAUAACAAACAUUGUGUUGAUAUUUAUAUAGGAAAAGAUAUUGAAGAAAAUAAAAGAAGAAUCCAUGUGAACUUGAAA